AGUAAUUUUAAUUCUUUUGGCUGCCCGCAGCUCUGCUCUUCCUCGCUACUCUAUAUUCUCUCGUAUCAAUCCAAAUUCCAAACCCCCAAGCUUUUCCGAUAAACCCCCGAAUAUUUUCCGGGAAAAACUUCCUGGCAAAUUUUCUUUUGACAUUUUCCUGCCAGCCAAACACCUUUUCCAUGCUCCAAUGGAGCCCCGCCGAUCUCCACGCACGGUGAUCGACCCCAAGGUCCGGCAAGUGGGAUUCUUUGCUCCAGGGGCCCCACCUGAGCGCUCUGUCUCAGUUCCACCCGCCCCGAUCGUAUCAUCCUCCUCCUCAUCCCCUCCCGUAUCCGACCUAUCCCCCUCCGGCAACUCCCUCUCUCCAGUCAUGAUCCCUCCUCCACGUCACUCCUCCGCCGAUAACGCCCUCCUCCCCUCCCCAUCCCCUUCCCGUCCGGUUCCGGCCUCCCCACUCCGCCGAGACUCCCUCACCACCGCCGCUGGGAGGAGCUAUAGUAAACCAUCGGACUUCUUUCCUGCCAUGUCCCUAACGGCCUCGUCGUCCUAUGCCGGUAGGAUGGUGGGAAACGCGGAGUUUUCGGCCGACUUGAGGGGAAAUACGGUAAAAGUGGUUCCCACUGCGUCGUCGUUUCCGAGUGGAGGGUUUGAUCUAACGGCAGUGAAGGCGAGUAGCGUGCCUGCGACUGGGCUGACGACAGUGUCAGUGGUGAAGAUGAUGCCUCCUGGUAUUACUGUUUAUGACCCAGAAAUAAUAGUUGAAAAAGUAGGAGGAUCAGUUGAAGUGCAAAAUGACCGACCUGAAAGGUCAAAACCACUGAAGGAGAAAACCUCAAAAGCUGAAAGGCGUGCCCUUCAAGAGGCACAACGAGCUGCAAAAGCUGAAGGAAGUAAAGUACCCGCAUCUUCUGGGGCAGUGAUGGGAGCAAAUGCAAAACCAAUUAAAGCCACAAAGCCUCAUUCACAAAAGAAUGACAGUGCUACAGUUGCAGGUUCCGAGAAGAGGGGAGGUGACCGCCUAUCAGAAAAAGAUAGAAAGAAGGAUGCUCCUCAUCCACGCAUGCAGUAUGAUGAUAAGAUCCGAGUGGAAAAGGCAAAAAGGCGUGCAGUUGUAAAACAAACUGAAGCUAAGAACAGAGUUGAACUGUUUAGGCAUUUGCCUCAAUAUGAGCAUGGAACUCAGCUUCCUGAUCUUGAGUCAAAGUUUUUCCAACUUGAUCCUGUUCAUCCUGCAGUUUACAAGGUUGGACUACAGUAUUUAUCUGGAAGUAUAUCUGGUGGCAAUGCUCGUUGCAUUGCAAUGCUUGAAGCAUUUCGAGAAGCUAUCAAAGAUUACUCAACACCAUCUGAAAAAACUCUCAGUAGAGACUUAACUGCAAAAAUAAGUAGUUAUGUUUCAUUUCUUAUCGAGUGCAGGCCUCUUUCAAUCAGCAUGGGUAAUGCAAUCAGGUUUCUAAAAAGUUGUAUUGCAAAGGUACCUUUGACUCUGUCUGAAUCAGAAGCAAAAGCAUCGCUUCAGUCAGAUGUUGAGCAUUUCAUAAAUGAGAAGAUCAUACUUGCAGACAAUGUGAUAGUCAAUCACGCUGUUACAAAAAUACGAGAUGGCGAUGUUCUUCUUACAUAUGGGUCAUCUUCUGCAGUUGAAAUGAUUCUAUUACAUGCCCAUGAGCUUGGCAAACAGUUCCGUGUUGUGGUAGUGGACUCUCGCCCGAAGCUGGAGGGGAAACUUUUACUUCGUAGGUUGGUGGGAAAGGGCCUUAGCUGUACUUACACUAAUAUAAAUGCCAUUUCUUAUAUCAUGCGUGAAGUUACUCAAGUUUUUCUGGGUGCUUCAUCAGUAUUGUCUAAUGGAACAGUUUACUCAAGAGUUGGAACUGCAUGUGUUGCUAUGGUUGCUCAUGAAUUCCGUGUACCAGUCUUAGUUUGUUGUGAGGCAUAUAAAUUUCACGAAAGGGUACAGCUUGAUUCGAUAUGCUCAAAUGAACUCGGUGAUCCAGAUGUCAUUUCAGAAGUUCCUGGUAGAGAUGACAUUAACUAUUUGGAUGGUCUUACUAAUAGCGAGAACCUGCAACUUCUGAAUCUGAUUUAUGAUGUAACACCUUCAGAUUAUGUUUCAAUGAUAGUCACUGAUUAUGGCAUGGUCCCACCCACCAGUGUGCCUGUCAUUGUGCGAGAGUAUCGGAGAGAACACGUAUGGGUAUAGAUGGUUUGGAGAAGCUUCUCCAAAAUUUUGUUUGCUGAGCGGCCAAUAAAUAGAGUUUUACUUCUCUAUUUGCCCAUGUUUUGGGAAUAAUAAUGUACUCAUCAAAAUUCGGCCUUUUGUUUUUGGUUUUAAAUCGUUGUCACGACUCCGUGAAGAGUGCGAUUCCUUUGCCUCUCCGAGCAGAUUUGGUGUCGUGUUCUCCAUUGUUGUAACAUUCUCUUGCCCUUUUAGUUUCUACUUUUGUGGAAUGCAGAACCCAAUGUGACAGUUUUGUUGACAUGCUUUAGAUGAGUCGUAAUUGAAUUGCUGCUUUUAUUGGA